AUGAAUCGCUAUAUAACAAUACCAAGUUGUGAAAAAUUUGUUCCUAAGAAUCUUUAUCCGCAUCAAUUAGAUGAGCAAAUAUUGUGCACGAAAAUGUCAUCGCUCAAUGGAAGUUUAAAUCGGCACGUAACCAUGGCAUCUGUUCAUACAAUUGAUAGAAAUCAAAUGUUGCAUCCAAAUCCAACACGAUUAUCAACAUUAAAUCGACAUUUAUCGAUGUCAUCCUAUGAUCAAUUGUAUGAAGAAGAAUAUCCCUUACGUAUUCAUAUUGGUAAUAUUCCUUUUUUAUGGACUAUUGAUGAUUUACGUAAACAAUUUUUGGUAUUUGGUCCGGUAAAAGAUCCUGAAAUAGUUUCGAAUGAACGCGGUUCUAAAGGAUUUGGAUUUAUUACAUUUCUUCGUCAUAGUGACGGCAUGAACGCAAUUCGUGUAAAACAUGGUUCGAUUGCUGAUGGGCGCAAGAUAACAGUUGCUUUGGCAUCGUCACGCUCAUCGACUCGAAUAAAUUCUCAUCAUUGUUGCUGUUGUAAAAAUUUUAUGUAA